UUUUUUCUUUUUUCCAUCCAAUAUUUUCUCUCUAUUUUUUUAUUGCGGGCUAUUUGUUGGUUUUCAAUUCUACAUUUGCAUUCAGUAGUGGUAUAUUAUCUUUCCUUUCUUUAUUUUUCUCCCUCUCUCUCCCUUUCUCUGUUCAAUGUCAAGCACGACCUCAGAAGUGGUACCAACAGUCGACGCCUCGGCGGCCGCACGCGCCGAGCAGCUCAAAAUGGAAGCCAACGCGCUUUACGCGCACAAGCACUACCACGAAGCAAUCGAAAAGUACACUCAGGCGAUUCAGGCCAACCCCUCAGUCGCAGCAUUCUACACCAACCGGGCGCAAUGCCACCUGUUCACCGAAGCCUACGGCGCAGCCAAGGAAGACGCCGAAAAGGCGAUUUCCCUAGACGCGAAAUUCACCAAGGGGUACUUCCGCAAGGCCGCAGCAUGCAUGGCCAUGGGCGACCUCAAGGAGGCCCGGGCAAAUUUCCGACAAGUUGCGGUUAUGGCGCCUGGGGACGCGGUUGCACGCAGGAAAUACUCGGAGUGUGAUAAGCUGUAUCGGCGCAUUCUGUUUGAGAGCGCCAUUGACUCGGAAGCGGACCGGAAGCGCGUGGCGGAGAGCAUUGAUCUGAGCAAGUACCCGGUGGCCGAGGACUACGAUGGGCCGCGGAUGCCUGUGCGCAAGGUUAUGGUGGGCGGGGAGCCGCAGAUGGUCGAGGUUGACGAGGAGUACGUUGAUCUGGAGUUUGUUAAGGGAGUCGCCGAAUGGUUCCGUGAACAAAAGUCGCUGCCGCUGCGGUACAUGUACGUGAUCCUCGUGCAGGCCGAGUCGCUCCUGCGGAAGCUGCCCACGCUGGUGGAUGUCGCAGUGCCGUCGGACGCCAUUAUGACAGUGUGCGGAGAUGUCCACGGGCAGUACUACGAUGUCAUUAUGCUGUUCUUCGCGCUCAAGCUGCUUUACCCUGAUGCGUUCUUCCUGAACCGCGGCAACCACGAGUCCAUCGGCAUGAACCAGCUGUAUGGGUUUGAGGGCGAGGUCCGGCAUAAGUACCCGACGCAGGGCAAGCGCCUGUUUGAUUUGUUCCAGGAGACCUUCGAGGCUCUGCCGAUUGCGCACUUGAUCCAGGGCAAGAUCUUUGUUGUUCACGGCGGGCUUUACUCGCGCGAGACGGCCAAGAACUCGGGGCUGCCUGAUGGCGACGGUGUUGUUCGGCUGGAUGAGUUGCGUGAGCUGCCGAGGUUCCACCAGCCGCAGCACACUAAGCUGCUGAAUGAGUCGCUGUGGUCCGAUCCUCAGGAUCAGGAGGGCAGGGCGCCCAGUCCUAGGGGCACGGCCAUCCAGUAUGGCCCCGAUGUCACAAAGGAGUUCUGUGCGACGAAUGGCCUUACGAUGGUCAUUCGCAGUCACCAGCAGAUGGACGAAGGGUACGAGAUUGCGCACGAUGGCCAGAUGGUCACUGUGUUCUCGGCGCCCAACUACUGCGACUCGGGAACCAACAAGGGCGCAUACAUCCGGAUCACCCCCGAGCUCGAGUGUACUUAUCACAAAUUCUCUGCUGCCAUGGCGUACGCUAAUGCCAGAACGCUCAUGUACUAGAGGUGGCUCUUUUCGUUAUAUAUCAGAUUUCGUGCAUUUUCAAUGUAACAGCAAAUAAAUAUAAAA